AUGUCAGGUUUUCGGGCCCGCUGGGCUGAGCUGAAGAAAGUAGGCUGGACUUCCAGACGCCCUGUUGGUCUGUCGGAUAACUUCACCUACAUAAAGCCGGGAAAAACCAAGAAGGACACUCAUGGCAUCGAUUAUUUUGUCGGCGAAGAGGAACUAAUGCGCCAUUUGGACCGCAUCGACCUUGCUAACGCUGCAGUAGCUAAUGCGAAGCCGACGAACCCCGCCUGGAGCGACAAAGACGAAGGUGUCAGCGAACAAGCUACCAGUCUCCGUCCAACCGCUACGUCAUGCGAGCCGAAGAACACCGAGAGCCAGACUGAAGCACUGCGCACUAAAUCUGAUGAGCGCCCGUCCAGCGCAGACGCUGCUGCGGAUUGCUCAGAGAGUGAUGAUGGUGACAGCCAGCCUUCUCCAACCUUGCAAUAUGAGUCACCGCAUGUGUCGCCGACCCCACGACGUGAGUCCCCUUCUGUUAGUACACGCGUGGCGUAUGACCAGCAGCUCACUGACGAAGCGUCAGGCUCGGACGAGACCAAUGCACUUCAACGCAGUUUGGAUGAAGAGUUCACAGCGGCGGGGAGUGAGGAUGAGAGUGAAGAAGACAGCAGACCUCGCCGAUCAGCAAGAAUUGCCGCAAUCCCUUCUGAUAUCAACGCUGUUCAAGAUACGGAUGACACCAACGACUACAACACCUUGGCGUCGGAGGGUGAAAAUGAUGAUGGAGUAUCUAAUGGUGAUGUAAGUGAUCUGGGUGAAAGCUCGGAAGAAGAAAUCAACGAGGAUACUGGCGAGGAGGACGCGGAGGACGCUUUGUUUGACGAGACGCUAGUCGAUGCAGUCGGUGGGAUCGCAAACAUCGCAAGCGGCACGAUAAACGCAGAUAUCCUGAAGGAUACGGCUACCACAGGAUGGUCUAAACCUGUAUCAUAUAGUCCACUUCCGUACCUAGACCAGCCGUAUGAAGUUCGACCUGAUGAUGCUCUUCGUGAUGAAUAUCCAGGGCUGUAUGAAGGCGAAUAUGGUCCAUCUGCACGUGCAAUCGAAGCCGCCUCAACUGUGUGCUGCCUUCACGGUCAUCGUUCAACCGCAUGA